UUUUUUUUAUAUAAGAAGACCCGUUUCAUCAUCAUACUCUUUCAUCAAUAACAGAGAAAACAAAAUAGAACAAAACUGUUCUUAAAGUUAUAUAACUAUGGAGGGUGUAAGUGCAACUAUGCAUAAGUGUAGACCUUAUUUGUUAAUGAUAUUUUUGCAAUUUGGAGCAGCAGGUACGUAUAUUGUGGUUAUGGCAACUCUUAACCAAGGCCAGAAUCGUUACGUUGUAAUUGUGUAUCGUAAUCUUGUGGCUGCUCUUGUCCUUGCACCUUUUGCACUCAUCUUUGAAAGGAAAGUGAGACCGAAGAUGACAUUUUCAGUUUUCUGGAAAAUAAUGGCACUUGGUUUCUUAGAGCCAGUCUUGGAUCAAGGUUUUGGUUACCUUGGGAUGAACAUGACAUCAGCAACAUAUACAUCUGCGAUUAUGAACAUUCUUCCUUCUGUCACAUUCAUAAUAGCUUGGAUUUUAAGAAUGGAGAAAGUGAAUCUAGCAGAGAUAAGAAGCAAAGCAAAGAUAAUUGGGACAUUGAUUGGUCUUGGAGGAGCAUUGGUAAUGACAUUGUACAAAGGUCCACUUAUUCCUUUACCAUGGUCUAACCCGAGUAUGAAUCAACAAAACGGACAUACCAAUAGUUCACAAGACCAUAACAAUUGGGUUGUUGGAACUUUAUUGAUACUCGUUGGUUGUGUUGCUUGGUCUGGUUUCUAUGUUUUACAAUCCAUAACAAUAAAGACAUAUCCGGCCGAUCUUUCACUAUCAUCCUUAAUAUGCCUUGCCGGGGCUGUCCAAAGCUUCGGCGUCGCGCUUGUGGUGGAGCGACACGCUAGUGGAUGGGCUGUUGGAUGGGACGCAAGGCUUUACGCACCUCUUUAUACGGGAAUAGUAAGCUCGGGUAUAACGUACUACGUUCAAGGAAUGGUUAUGAAGACAAGAGGGCCAGUUUUUGUUACUGCCUUUAACCCUCUUUGCAUGGUUCUUGUAGCUCUCCUUGCUUCUUUCAUUCUUCAUGAACAAAUACAUUUUGGAUGUGUAAUAGGAGGGGUAGUGAUCGCGGCGGGUUUGUAUAUGGUUGUUUGGGGAAAAGGAAAAGACUAUGAAGUAUCAGGAUUAGAUCAUAGCCUUGGAAAGAGUAGUAGUAUCCAAGAAUUGCCAAUUACAAGUAAAAGUGACGAUGACAACAAAUUGGCUUCUUCUAUAGCCGACGGCAACAACAAUUUGAGCGUUCACGGUGGUGGUGCGCAACGUAACACAACUGGAGCAUAAGUGGAGAAAACAUUUCUAGAGUUUAUAGUAUUUUGUAUUCUACCAUUAAUAAAUAAUUAUAUGUAUUUUGGAUGCAUAUGUUAUUAAUUAAUUAUGUUAUGUUUUGACAGUCACGUUAUAAAGUUGUAAUUGAUCAGGUAGGAAUUAUAUAAUCACGAGGUUCAUGAGUA